AUGACCGACCUGACGCCCACAUUUACCGAUCUUCUACACAGGGAAAACAAAUCCCUUUCCUUAGCCACCCGCCCGCUCACCACCGAAACGGCCGAUGAAUUCCUCAAAGAAGCGUACCGCAUCAAUACACACAUAACCUCGCUCCUAUCAUACCUACACAAAAUCCGCCCGUCAUACCUAAGCAUCUCGGCCCACUCCAGCACCACAAGCAACAUCAGAAACAAACCACACCAUCGCACAACCCCUUCCACCUCAAGCGCCCGCGAAAAAGAAACCCUCUCCUCAACCGAACUCGACAACAUCACAACAUCCACCUCCUCUCUCCUGCACACGCUCUCCUCCUCAAUCUCCAACCUCUCCAGCGCCGAGUCCCUCCGCCAGGAAACUUACUCCACGCUCCUCGACAAGAAGUACGGCCGGAAGCGCUCGCGCGCCUCGAAUCUGCUCUUCCAAUGGGCGUCGGGAUCCUCGCCGCUCUCUGAGGGGCAAGGCGACGGAGCUGCAGCGGGCGGGAAGAAAGAGGCGCAGAUUGUCGAUGAGCAGCGUGAGGAGUUGCUUAAGGGGGUGCGGGAGAGUAUAUUGUGGUUCUUGAGGAGGCAGCUGGAGAAUACGAUUGAGACGCAGCGGGAGAUGGUUGAGAAGAGGAUUGAGAGGGCGAGGGAGAGAGAGAAGAGUGUCUUGUACAAGGCUUCUACGUCGGACACUGCUGGUGCUGGAGCUGGGGCCCGGGGUCAAACGGGAAGUACCUCAAUCUCUGCGCCUUCGGCGUACCCUGAUGCGGGCUUCGAGGGCGAACCCAUGCCAGUGGGGAAGGGUGCGGUUCUUGAUGAGGCUGAAGUCGCGGCUAUCGAGGCUGAGCUUUCGCCCGAACAGCUCCAGCUAUUUGCGGAGGAGAACGAUUCGAUGGUGCGGUACUAUGAGGAUACCCUCAGCAAAGUCCAAAACGCCGAAAAAUCCCUCCUCGAAAUCUCCUCCCUCCAACAAACCCUCGUCACCCACCUCUCCACGCAAGAAGAAUACAUCGGCCAACUCGUCUCCGACGCCUCAAAUACAGAGACGAAUAUCGGACGCGGAAACAAGGAGCUCAAGCGCGCGACGGAAAGACGCAGUGCGGCGCAGGCUGUGUUCUGGGGGACGGUGGGACUGUGUACGUGGUUGGUUGUCUGGGAUUUGAUUUUUUAG